AUGAAAUUGCCCCUUGAACCUGAGUUCGAAGAUCAAGUCUCAAGAAUGCUUCAAAAGGACAGAGAUACCUUAGGAAACACAUUGAUUACCUUCACCAACAAAAAUAACAACAGCUUACAGAUAAAUUUUCUAGCUUUGCAUAAGAAGCUUGUGGCAUGGGAGCAAAAUUGUCAUGAGUUUAGCACUGAAGAGAAAACUAAGUGUUCCUGGGGGAGGGGGCAAAUGGGUAUUAAGGUAGGAGAUGAAGAGUUUGCAAAGAGGUUUGGCUGA